GUAUAUGCACGCACGACUUCCUCGUUAUGCUUGUUCUUCAUUUGACUUGACGGUCCUUCUUCUGUUCUCUUGCUGUCAGUGCAAUUAGUUGCAGCAAAUAUCCCGAACGUUUACAACCUUAAAACUCUUCAUUUUUACUUACGAGCGGUCAGCUGUGGAAGCCGCGGCCUCCUAAACGAUAGCGGGUCUGGUGCACAGGGUUAUCAAUCCUUUGCACCCCUUUCUUAUCUAAGGCAACUCUAGAGCGUCCAGCCAGGAGGGUGGCUUGCGGGCGACAGGGCAUGCUCCCUUGAAUGCGGGCGCGUCGCCUGGCCACGCCUAGACAAUGGGCACGAAGGCGGAUGGCGAGACAAAGACCAUCCUCAAAAAGCUCGCUAUCUACCUGCCGAGCUUCUACCUCAUUUACUACCUGUGGAGCGUCCUUCUAGUGGGCUCGCUGAAGGUGGACUGGCAUGAGCUCGGCGCCUACCCCUUCCGGAUACGGAAGGAUGAGUUCACGCCGGCACACCGGAAUGCAGCAUUAGGCGCCUGGCUGGCCAUGGUCUUGACUUACCUGUGUAGCCUAGGGCUCACAUACGGUGUGGUGAAGGCCACGCGUAAGAGCUGGGACUACGUGGUCACGUCCUCCUUGACGCACUUAGUGUUGUGCAUCAUAGUGAACCAGGCGUUCCCGGUCAACUGGAUCUGGUGGCUCACCAUCCUGCUGGCCACGCUGUUGGUGUCGGUGACGGCGGAGUUUGUCAACUACUUCCUGCGCGACAUGCGGGAGAUUGAGCUGGAUCACGUAUGACCUGCUAUUGGAGCGGAGCUGGGGCCUCGGGACCAAAGCGCGGACACCUGAAGCCCAGAGGGUGUUGCGGGCUCGGCCUGAGGCGGGAGCGAGGUCUGACGAGCCGUGUGGUGAGCCCAGACGGCAACAUGCGCAAGCGGGCUGCUGGCGGCUGGCGGCCCGCACGCUGCAGGACCAUUAGUGAUACGACAUGACUGGAGCGGCGCGGGAGCCUCACGACUGCACUGACGGGUGCACACCGACCUCAGACUUGGACAUGGUCCGAGGCGCGCCAAAUGCUUGAUGGGCAGCCUGGUGGGCAACCUGCGUAAGGGCUGGCUGCCAGGGUUUAGGCUGCAGCGGACUUGGACAGUCACAGGCAGUACCUUCGUAUCUGCAUGGCCAGGUUGCGGUGUGCGGAACGAAACGACCCAGCCUAGAUGACAUACGGACUUGUUUGCAUGCUUUGCGGGCGCUGCGUGAUGGCUGAGUUGUAGCGCACUGGCGCGUGCAUUGAAUGGGCGCAUGCCGCAUGCAGGUGCGCAGCAGUCGGGCUCCAACUAGGUGGUAGGGUGUGGCUGCGCCAGCAAGCAGAUCUGGCACGACGUUUUACGAGAUCCUGCAAUGCCCAACUGGCAGUGCUGGCGUCUAUGGCUGUGGACUGUGGGGGUGAUAUGAGUGGAUGCGAACGACGGAGAGAGUAACGAAAGUGAGCGGGCGCGAAAGGGGUGCAUCUUGACUGAAAUGGGCCACCGCCUUCCCUGGAGCUCGCGACGGCGUCUUGCAUUCGCAUUCACUAGCAAACACUUCGCUUCCCUGCGAGGAGGAGCGACACGGCCGACUUGUGAACUCCGUGCACAUGGUGGGGGUAUGCAACCGCUACAAGUUAGCACAGUCAUGACACCUUGAUUUAUGGAGCCAGGUGUGCUAAAGCUGAGGCGCAAGGUGUUUUACCAGGGGGGCGUGGUCACGCGGGUAAAACACAAUGGGGCGGUACGUGCGCGCGGGUAUGGACGAGCGCAACCUCUAAUGCCAUGCGCAACCUGCCGGCUGCUGGC